AUGAAUGAGAUCGCAUUGGAUAUUGGUGAUUCAAGUCUAGGCAUGGUGGUUAUCUGGGAAAGAAAUAGCUCCAUCAAAACUGUUGGCAAGAAAGAAUUAUUGGACAAGGUCACUAAGGCCCUGAGUCGCCCUAGCUGUAACCAUGGUAAAGUUUGCGUCCCUACGUCUUCUUCAGAAAACAAUGUAGACUUUACAUCAGAGGGAGGCAACAGUAGCGUGGGACUAGAAAAUAAUGAAGACAAUUCACUCCAAACAUCAGCUCAGUGUCAAAGCAGUAAGGAGGGAGAUUCAGAGAAAAAUGAGAAGGAAAAGAAAAUGUUUAAAAAAAGUACAACUGGAAAAAGGAGUCAUAGUGAAAUGCUCCAGAAAUCUAAAGAGAUAGAGCUGAGUAGUCCACAUGUUCUUCAUAAGAGGGUCAAAAUGACCUCACUUUUAAAAUCUGUUCCUUCUAUCCUAGUGAAAGUCAGCAGUGCUCAGGGUACCCAGAGUGAAGAGGGAAAAAAUCUCUCAAAAACUGCUCCUUCUAAGCAAGUUAAUGUCAGUAAUUCUCAGAGUUCUCUAAAUAAAGAGGGAAAGACACUUCUAAAACCCGAGCAGACAAAAGACGGUUGUUCUCAGAGUUUUCCAAAUAGACAGGAAGAGCCACUUCCAAAUCCACCUCUUGAUGAAAAGAAAGACCGCAGUUCUGAGGAAAUCCAAAAUAAAGUGGGAGAUACAUGUACUCUCCCAAAACCAGCUCCUGUCCUAGUGAAAGGAAACUGUUCACAGGGCACCCCAAGUAAAGGGAAAGACACACUUCCAAAACCAGCUCCUGUCCAAGUGAAAGGCAGGAGUUCUGAGGGAAUCCAAAAUAAACUAAGAGAGACUCUAGCAGAAUCAGCUUCUGUCCGAGCAGAAGAUAACUGUUCACAGGGUCCCACAAGUGAAGAGAAAGACGCUCUCCCAAAACAAUAUCCUGCUAUCCAAGUGAAAGACGGCAGUUCUCACGGUUCUAUUCUAAGAACACAGGAAGAAACCUUGUCCUCUGUAAAAGAGGAUAAAAUAAUUUCUACAGAAGAACUGAAAGAUUCAAAAAAAGUAAACAAAUUUCCAAACAAAGGGAAAAAUAAAGUGAUUACAGAAACGGAGAUAGAGAAAGUGCUGGAGGAUUUUAGUUCUAAUCUUGGUGAAGAAUCACGUGAGACAUCCUAUGCAGCAAGUGACUUUAAAGAGCUACAGAAAUCCAAACCGAAAUAUGGAAGAAGAGCAUCCAAUCUCAUCCGGUGUAUUAGGACAACGAUAUUCCAGGCUGUUAAGUACUGCAAAAAGCUGAACGAAAUCGCCCAUGACAUUGGGGACGUUUAUCUGAGCAUGGUUGUUGUUUGGGAAAGGAACAGCUCCAUCAAGACAGUUGGUAACAAAGCAUUACUGAAAAAGAUCGCAAAGGUCCUGAGUCCCCCUAGCUGUAACUAUGACGAUGUUUGUGACCCCACGUCUUCACAUGCAGAUGAAGAGACAGUAUUGGGAGAAAAUGGUUUGUCAGCAACUGAUAAUACCAAACUUAAAACAUCAGAACUGGAAACAGAAAACAAUGAAAGCAAUUUAUCUAAAGAGACAAACAAGUGUGUUGAACUAAAUUCAGGGAAAAAAGACAAUGGAAAUAAAGUGUCUAGAACAGUUACAAGUGGAAAAAGGAAUUCUAGUGAGAAAAAUGAAGAAUCAGAUCUAAGUCCACAAGUUCUUCUAAAAAGGGUAAGAAUGACCUCACUUCUAAAGCCAGCCUCUUCUGUCCAAGUGAAUGACACCAGUUCUCAAGGUACCCCAAGUAAUCUGGUAGAGACUCUUUUAAAACCUGCUCUAGGUAAAGACAUUGAAUCUCUAAAUCCCCAAAGUGAAAUGGGAGAAACUCUUGAAGAACAAGCCCCUGCUCAUCUGAAUGACAGUGGUUCACAGGGUCCCCCAAGUCCAGAGGGAGAGAAACUUCUAGAACUAUCUCCUGUCCAAGUGAAAGACACCAGUUCUGAGGGUUCCCAAAGUAAAUGGGAAGAGAGGCUCCCAAUACCAGCUCAUGUCCCAGUGAAAGGUAACAUUUCACCGGGCACUCCAAGUAAAGAGGACACACUUCCAAAACCAGCUUCUGUCCAAGUGAAAGGCAGCAGUUCUGAGGGAAUCCAAAAUAAACAUGGAGAGACUCUGCCAAAACCAGCUAGAGUCCAAGUGAAUAACAGUGGUUCUCAAAGUCCCUCAUGUAAACAGGCAAACACAUUGACUUGUGUAAAAGAUGGCAAAAUAAUUUCUUUAGAAGAGCUGCAGAAGGAAGUAGAGUUAGCAUUGAAGUCGCCGAAUACUAAUAAUGCCCCAAAGUUUUAUCUACAAAAAAUACCCAGUGGUGAUGAAAAUUUCAACAAGGCAAUAAUCAAUUCUUCAGGAGGAACAGAGAAAGUCACAAGUGUACAAACUCGAGCACUGCCUCAACCGACACAGCUUGUACCUAUAAACACGCAGAGAUUACCUCACAGGCAGCCGAUGUUCCUAGUGGCCCCCACCCCUGUGACAGGCAGGAAUAGUCCAAAGCUCUCAGCAGCCAUUACUGGAGGUCAGUCUCAAGUUCGCCCUGUCAAAGUCUUUAUCAACCACCAAAUCAUACCCUCAUUUCACAAGAUAGGAAGUCUGGCUGCGAAAACUCACACUAUGAACUCGACUCAGAUCAAUAAUUCUCCUGUGGCAUCAACUUCUGCUCAGAUGAACUCAACUCAGAUCAGUAAUGUGUCUGAUUUAGCAGCAACUUCUGCUCAGAAAAACUCGACUCAGUUAAGUAAUAUUUCUGACUCGGUGACAACUACCACUCAGAAGUCUAGUGAACCAGAGCAUGUACCAGAUUCAGUGACAGAGAGCUGUUCGUCAGAAGCAGACGAGUUGAAGUUCUCGAUUGUUGUAAAAGAAACAGACACAGGAGAGUACAAGAUGUAUAAAGUACCUAUCUCUAACACAGACCAACAAACCCAGGAGGUCAUUCUCCCAGAACUAGAGGGUGAUGGAGGUGUCACUGUGAAAUGUGAGCCAACAGAGGAAUGGUCUGGUAUUACACCUUAUUCACAAAGUCAAAGUGGUGUGACCUCACCUCAUUCACAAAGUCAAAGUGGAGUGACCUCACCUCAUUCACAAAGUCAAAGUGGUGUGACUUCACCUCAUUCACAAACUUGGACUGGUAUCAACGCUUCUCAUUCACAGAACCAGAGUGCUAUCUCUCACACAGAAUCCAGUGAAAUGGGUGGAGACAAUGUCAUUGUGAAAACUGAACCAGUGGUACCAAGUGUAUCUUCACAUCAUAGAAAUACAAACAUCAACAAGUAUAAAAAUCCUCAAAGAAUAACAAGGUCUGUCACACGGGGGCAAACUCAGAAGGUAGUCGAGUGUCCGUACGAAUACGCUUUACAACUGGAUUCUGUUCCAAAGAGAAAAAAAGAAUCCUUAAUGACAUUCUGGUACAGGUGUAAACAAUGCUGUAAAUCCUUCAAAUAUGCCAGCUCCCUGGAGGUUCAUAAGCGAAUGCAUGACCACCGGGAAGUUGAAAAGACAAAAAAGAAUCGGUGUUACAUCUGUAAACACAGGGACAAGUACACAUGGGAAGUACACACGACAAAUCUAACAUCAAGGCACAAUGUGCUGUCUGAAAACACAUUCCAUAAGUACACAGGGACAAGUCGGAUAAGUCUGAAAACACAUUCCAGUAAGUACACACCAAGUCUGAAAACACACUCAAGACAACAAAAAGAAAAGAAUGAAUCAGUCAACCCAGCAUCAACUUCAAAUCAGCCAGUAAUUCCUACAGACCAGGGAGCUAUGGAGGGGGAAACUCUAUACAAGAGAAACAGGCAAAAGAGGAGGAUAAUAGUAGACGAUUGUGAGAGAGGGUUGAUCCCUACAGAGACAAUGAAGCGACAAUUCAGGGACACCUCAGACAUCACAGGUCCUAUGGAAUAA